AUGGAGGAGAAGGAGCGAUGUAGGAGCAGGUCUCCAGCUCGGAGAGCCAGUCGGGUGCAGCAGGUGGUGGGAACAAUAAUACGACGCACCAGAGAGUCACUUAGCAGAGAGCGGUUGCUAGGCGAUGGGAGGUCGCAGCGCUCCAACAGUCUUUCCAAUCAGAACUUCCAGGCCAAGCUGACGCUGCAGAUCACCAGGGACCCGGUCCUGGACAGCAGCACUGGACAUGGCUUCACCCUCACCACUAACGCACCCCUGCUGGUCAGGGACGUCGCCACAGGGAGUCCUGCAGAUGGGAUACUGUUCCCAGGGGACCAGGUGCUACAGAUUAAUGAUACAGUGCUGGAGGAUUUGAGCACUGAGCAGGUGGAAAACAUCUUAAGGGACUUAGAGGAUUGUAUCACUGUGACUAUCCUGCGCCACAUGACAAAUCCCAAGUCCUCCAUCAUGUCGGCAGAGAAGAGAGCUCGUCUGAGGAGUAAUCCAGUUAAAGUGCGCUUUGCAGAGGAGGUGGUGGUCAACGGGCACACUCAGGGAAACUCUCUUCUCUUCCUGCCCAAUGUCCUAAAAGUCUAUUUAGAGAAUGGACAGACCAAGGCUUUCAAGUUUGAUAACACCACCACUGUCAAGGACAUUGUUCUGACUCUGAAGGAUAAACUGUCCAUCCGGGCCAUUGAGUACUUUGCCCUGGUGCUAGAGCAACAGUACAGCAUCACCAAACUACUACUGCUGCACGAAGAUGAGCUAAUACAGAAGGUGGUCCAGAAAAAAGACUCCCAUGAUUACCGAUGUUUGUUCAGAGUGUGUUUCAUCCCCAGAGACCCCAUGGACCUGCUGCAGGAUGAUCCCUCUACCUUUGAGUACCUCUUUUUACAGAGUGUUGGGGAUGUGCUGCAGGAGCGUUUUGCAGUAGAGAUGAAGUGUAACACUGCACUUCGCCUGGCAGCGCUGCAUAUGCACGAGAGACUAGAUAGUUGUGGACAGACCAGGACCUCUAUCAAGACUAUUACGAAGGAGUUUGGCCUGGACAGCUUCAUCUCUCCCACACUGCUGAGCAACAUGAGGGAGAAGGACCUGAGGAAAGCCAUCAGCUACCACCUCAAAAAGAUCCAGUCCCUGCUAGAGCCACGCCAGAAGGUAAUAUCUGCUACUCAGGCUCGGUUGGCCUACCUCACUCAGCUGGGAGAGCUCAUUUCAUAUGGUGGACGAUCGUACACAGCUACGAUGAUGCUUCAAGACAGGGAAGUGUUGGUCAGCCUGCUGGUUGGGGCCAAGUAUGGGAUGAGUCAGGUCAUCAACCACAAGCUCAAUGUGAUCUCUACACUGGUUGAGUUCAGCAGCAUCAGCCGAGUUGAACUGCUAUCAGAGUCGGACAAAGUCAGCCUAUUGCGCGUUUCACUGCAUGACAUGAAGCCAUUUGCCUUACUGAUGGACUCUCUGGCAGCCAAAGACUUAGGGUGUCUGCUGGGAGGCUACUGCAAACUCCUGGUGGAUCCCAGUGUCAAUGUCUUCCGUUUGGGGCGCCCAAAAGUGAGGGUGCACAGGAUUCCUGCUGAAGAAGGUUACGUGUCUCGCUGCUGUAGUGACUCAGAUGACUCAACAGAUGAGGAUGACCCAAUGGAUUCUCAGAAUUACAAACGUCCAGACCCUGCAAGUCAGGACUGGGAAGAAAGGAGGAGAGAGGAGGAAGAGAAGAGGAGAGAAGAAGAGAGAAAAGAGAGAGAGGAGCAAAAAGGCAAACAGGAAGUGAAGAUAAUAGUGACAACAGAAGGUAAGGACAAUGAGGGCGAAGACGAAGGAGGAGCAACAGGAAGUGGUCUGCGUAAAUUUAGUAUUAUGGAUGAGGAAAUGAACCUGGAGACCACCUGGUACCACACUGACCCACGGGUCACCAGCAGCUUCUCCAGCUUGUCCAGUGGCUCCUUGAGCGCUGCACUAGAGGAGAGCAGUGCUGGGGCUAAAGCCCCAUCUCGCAUUGGGGCACUCCGUGGACCAUGCGCAGCCGAGGACAUAGCAAGCUUGGACGUUCACCACCCCUACCUCCUAGAGCCAAAACGCCACCAAGGCCCCCUGCGACCCACAAACCUAAAUUACCGUGGCAAUGACAACUCUUGCCUUUGCUUUGCUGAGCUCUCCAAGGCUGAUUUCCUCCCUAGCCCGCCUGAAGCUACAAGUGAUGAUGACGAUGAAGAGGAAGAGGAGGAGGAAGAAGAGGGAGUGGAGGAACUCAGACGCAUUUCCAAGAUCCCCAGCUCAAGAGAUUUGAGAAUGAUUGACAGCACACCCUUUCAAAGAUCACCAAUUAAAAGAAAGAAAAAGAUACCUCCCAAAGUCCCUCUAAGGACAAGUUCAAUUCCUGUGCACAAAGCAGGACAGUCUGAGCAGCGCCUAUCCAAGGAUGAAGAGGGUCUAUUCCUGACACCUUCACCCAACCCUAAACCAGCUCUUCUCAUCAAAGAGACUGCCUCAGAAUCUGAGGAUGAGUUUUUUGACGCACAGGAGAGAUUUACUCCUCCAGUUCCCGAUCUAUCAGAUGCUGAACUGGCUGACCAGCAAAAUGCUAAUCAGUUGCGUGGAACCUGGAAUGGUGUUCCAGGUGCCCCACGGAAAGAGCCAUCUUCCCCCCUUGCCAAUAAAUCCCAAUCCUGUAAAGUAAAGAAGGAAGUGGAGAUGCUUAAAGGGCCCACAAAUCAACUUAACAACCAACAGCCCAGUCCACCAAAGCCGUCACAGAAACCCGAGGUUAAAGUCAAACCACCACUGGCACCUAAGCCCCAGCUGCCUCUCAAACCUCAGACCAUUUCUCCCAAGUCCCCCCAGCAUGGGAGAUCAUAUGCCCACUGCAAUGGGGAUGCCUCUGGACGCCUGUCUUCUGAACUCCUGGAAAUGGAACCAGACACCAUGGAGUUCAAGUCUGUCACAUCUGGGGCAGGUGGACUGCCUCUGUCAUCACCUUUGAUUACAGCAGUGAGGUGCAGCAAGCAAACCUUACCCAUCACAACAUCACAAACUGAGGAAAGGACAAAGAGGCAGGAAAAGAACCCAAAACAGAAUAAAGAUCUGAAGCAUGAGAAUGGAGCACAUGCGGCUUUCAAAGAUAAAGAAAACAUUCCUGAUGAAAAGGAAAGUCCUAAAGUUGAGGGGAAAAGCAAUGGGACGACCCUACUUGUAAAAAAGCCACCACACUUACCCCCUAUCCCUCACUCUAAUUCAGGUACAAAGCUAGCUGUUCCCCCUCCCGUGCCCCCCAAACCCACUUCUCCCACCAAUCUCCACCCCUUGUCGCUACCUGCUAGCUCUCCUAUCUCUCCUACUGAUCCAAGCAAAGGGAUCUUCAAGGAUAGCAUAGGUCCACCAAAUGGAAUCCAUCCCUGGAGCAGCUGCAAUGGCAGCAUCCAGUCAGGACCCCGCAGGGUCUCUCUGAGCCAUGAGAGCCUGUCACCUAAAAAUACAGAUGCACCUCUCACCCUUACCACCUCCCUCACCUCAACCAACUCUAAAGGUGUUGGGGGCCUGGAAAGCAGAGAACCUGGAAGAUCUGGAUCAGGAUCAGACCUGAGGACCAGCUCCUCCAGCUUGGGAGGCAGGCUACCAGCCUCUGCCCUGAGAGGGAAGAUCCAGGCUCUGCCUUGGUACAUGACCCGUUCCCAGGAGAUUUUGGGAACUCUGGACUAUCCCUCCACUAACUCCAUCAAUGGAGACACAUCUGGCUUUGGCUCUGGUUUGUCUGUAGCCAGUGGUUUAUCAGACUUAAACAAAACCCCUGUCAAGGAAAAUGAGACUGUGGCCUCAAAAUCAGGAGGGAAAGGGAACUUUUUAGAAGAUGGAGCUGAGGUUGUCAUAGCCACAAUAAAAGAGGCCCAGGAUGUUACCUCACACAUGAAAAAGGCCAAUGGGACAAACGGCUCACACCCUAAUCUGACUUUCAAAGAAAAUAGUACACACAGUGGCAGUGUGUCAUCAGAGCAGCCUCAGUCACGUCCCCACUCAGCAGUGGGCUUGGGAGGAGUGUCCAGCAUGCAAAUUGGAGGUGACUCACCAACCUCCUCACUCGCAGACAGUACUCCACCGCAGCAGCAUCGGGAGGCCUGUGGCUGUCGCACCGUUUACGCCAAUUGUUUCAGUGGAGACACUGAGGAUGGUGUUAGCUUUGAUGAGGAGCUUACCAUUUAUGAGUUCUCCCGCCGCACACGGCCCAAACCUGCCCGACAGGCACCUGUCCCUUCUCCUACAACACCCUCUCCAAACCCCAAUAUCUUGUCUUUGCUGAGAGACAACCCCCGCCCGCUCUCUACUUUCUCAACGGCCUCCUCUGAAAUCAGUCCCCUAGUUUCACGUCCUGUUUCCCCCACAACCUCUUUUGGUGGUCCUCUUCGAUCUCUUACCAACAAGAAUUAUGGUGGGCUGAAGGGAGGUUUUGCUUCCCUUCGUCAAGAUAUAGAUCAACUUCUGCUGGUCCUAGAGAGGGGAGCACUUGAGCAACCACAACAAACAAUAUGUCAAGACUCAAAGAAGGAUAUCACAGGCAUAAAUAUAGGGCCUGACCUAAAUCACAAUGGGACAGAAGACAGUACUACCCCAGCACCAGGCCCAAACUGUACUGGGACAAGCCCUGCCGCCAUGACAGAGGCUGAAAGGAGUCUUCUCCAGGCAGAGGCUCGACGAUUGGCAUCCGGGUGUCAGCGGGCCACACGUGUAGGCUGGGCUCCUGAUGAAGCCCUACGUUCUUUAUCCAACAGCUUCAGUGCUCUGGUUCAAUUGUCAGCAGCCUGCCUGCGAACAAACCCCUGUUUUGGCUGUGAAAUCUGCCAUAAUGCGAGUCUGGUCCACAGGGAUGAGGACGAUGACAGUCAGGAGGCCAUGGACAAGUUAAAGGAGAUAGUGGGUCUGUACCGGGAGUUUGUUGGGGCUGUUGAGACAGCUGGAACUGGUGCUGGGGUUGGGGGUAAGAGUGUGGGCCUCACUGGAUCUGGACAGGGUCAGGGGGAGAGUGACGGGGUGAGGCUACUUGCUAAACGCUGCACUGUGCUCAUCUCCUCUGUAUUCGCACUCACACAGCUCUUCCGGACACGCACACUAGAAACCUCAGACACGCCUGGCCACGUACCUCUCAACUUUUGAUCUGUGAACUUUUACCCACUAAUAACCCACUGUCUCUGAGGUGAGUCGAGAUGAAACAGCACAGACUAAACUCGUGUGUAACCCCUGUGUUCUUGUACAGUAAGUGCCAUGCACACUACAGCACACAGACAUAAACCCACAUUACACAUGCCCACAUGGAAAACCAAACACACCAAACAAAACCCUAAACGAAGAGAGGAAACUUCAUUGCUUGGCCUCUUCUUGGACGCAUGAGGACUAUGCAUUUGUACAUAUGAAUUUUAUAAUUAUCUUAUAAUUCUCUUAUUUUAUGAUACAAUAUGUGUAUGUAUGUAAGAACGGAUUACCCAUGUAUGUAUUUAUGUAUUUAUUUUUAC